AUGUUUCAAAACCGCUCAAUCAAUCGUCUUCCUCGAAUUGUAAGAACCCUUCUCGUAAUUGUAUUAUUCGUGUUCGGAUUGAACAUGAUCAUGUGCAGUAGUACAAGUAGUAGUUCAAUUGAACUCGUUCGCUCAUUAGUACCAACGCCACGACAAGCCUCGAACGAAUCCAUUAUUGUAUCAUUACGAUUGGGAGAAAAAGUAGUUGGCAAUGUAUCUCCACAACCUCCAGACACACCACCACACGUGUAUUAUCGAGUACAGUUACCUGUAAAUAAGUAUUUGGAUGUUGCUGCCACCGUCCGAUAUGGACCUGCAACCAUGUACAUUAAAAUAGAUGAUGGACCAACUUCUUCUGAUUUUGAUUAUAAACUAGCAAUGAGUAAUUUACAGAAGGAGAUGAAACAUGAAUAUUAUAGAAAUGGAAAGGAUGAGACUCAGGAAUAUUAUAUUGGAUUUUUGGGAGAUGCUGAAUAUACAUUCAUUGUCAAAAUUGUGGAUAGUCCUGUAAACAGUGGAGAAGUAUCUGGAUUGAUAGCUGGAUUGAUUAUUUCAUUGAUAUUAUUGGCAUUGGCUGUGAUUGCAAUAAUUGCUGGAGGAAUUGUGUGGUAUCGACAGAGAAAGAAUUAUGCAUCUGCAAGAAUGGUUUAA